UGCAAGCGGGGGAGUAAAAGCAAAAAACUUCGUGUCACGUGAGGGGUCCUCCCCUCCCGCCCCCAUCAGGUUGCCGAGCGCGUUGCUAGGGUGCGAAUCGAAAACUCGAAGAAACGGGGCUCCGGAGCAAGGACCGUGAGCAGCCCUUACGUAAGAAGCGGAAGAGCGUGUCCUCCAGGAAGAGGCGGAGCGGAGGUGAGCGAGUGAGAAGCUGAAUUCAGGAAUGGAUUUUAGAAUUUCUGGGCGCUGAAGAAAUAGGGGCCUCCCGCCCGCGGGCCCGGGGAGUGGACGCCGUGGGGCCCCGCCCGAUCCGGACCUACCGCCGAGUAAAUCCAGUCCAGCGUGCGGCGACUCAGCGGCCUCAUGGGGUCGCAGCAGCCGCCGGGGUCUCCGCUGUCUCGCGAGGAGGGCGAAGCGCCCCCGCCCGCGCCCGCUGCCGAGGGCCGGCGGAGAAGUCGCCGGGUACGCCUCCGCGGGUCCUGCCGCCACCGACCGAGCUUUCUGGGCCGCCGGGAGCUUGCCACGGGCGCCCCAGCCGGGCCUGCGCCCGCAUCCUCCGAGAUAAUGGCAUCAGCCACUAAGGAGUUUAAAAUGGACAACUUUUCGCCUAAAGCUGGCACUAGCAAAUUGCAACAGACAGUCCCAGCUGAUGCAUCUCCUGAUUCUAAGUGUCCUAUAUGCUUGGAUAGAUUUGAUAAUGUGUCGUACUUAGAUCGCUGUUUACAUAAGUUCUGUUUUCGCUGUGUACAGGAGUGGUCAAAGAACAAAGCUGAAUGUCCACUAUGUAAACAGCCCUUUGAUUCUAUUUUCCAUUCUGUGAGGGCAGAAGAUGACUUCAAGGAGUACGUCCUAAGGCCUUCAUAUAAUGGUUCUUUUGCCACCCCCGAUGUUCCACGAUUCCGCUAUCGUACAACUAUGACACGGGAACGAGGUGCUUCUGUGUACUCACCUAGUGGUACCAUGAGUAGAAGAACAACAACCCCCCCCGACAGUGGAGUACUGUUUGAAGGGUUGGGCAUUUCCACAAGACCUAGAGAUGGUGAAAUUCCUCAAUUUGUGAGACAGUUUGCAAUAAGGAGGCCAGCUACUGCAGAUGAAAGAUCUUUGCGGAAAAUUCAAGAACAGGAUAUUAUUAACUUUAGGCGGACUCUCUACCGUGCUGGUGCUCGCGUUAGAAAUAUUGAAGAUGGCGGUCGCUACAGGGAUAUUUCGGCGGAAUUUUUCCGUAGGAAUCCGGCCUGCCUUCACAGAUUAGUUCCUUGGUUGAAACGCGAACUUACGGUUCUUUUUGGAGCUCAUGGAUCUUUAGUGAACAUUGUCCAGCACAUCAUCAUGAGUAAUGUUACUCGCUAUGACUUGGAGAGUCAGGCAUUUGUGUCUGAUUUAAGGCCAUUUUUACUUAAUCGGACUGAGCAUUUUAUACAUGAAUUUAUCAGUUUUGCUCGAUCUCCUUUUAACAUGGCAGCCUUUGACCAGCAUGCGAAUUAUGAUUGCCCUGCUCCUUCAUAUGAAGAAGGUAGCCAUUCUGAUUCUUCAGUCAUAACAAUAUCUCCUGAUGAAGCUGAGACCCACGAGCUGGAUAUCAAUGUAGCCACUGUCAGUCAUGCACCAUGGGAUGAUGAAACUCCAGGGCCAUCUUACUCAAGCUCAGAGCAGGUGCACGCUGCCAUCUCUUCCCUUUUAAAUACUUCUGACAGUUCCGAUGAAGAACUUGUAACAGGAAGAGCUGCAUCUCAGAUACAAGGAGUACAAACCAAUGAGGACCUAAAUAAUGAUAGCGAUUCCUCUUCAGAUAAUUGUGUCAUUGUUGGGUUUGUUAAACCACUAGCUGAGAGGACCCCAGAACUUGUUGAACUGUCCUCUGAUUCUGAGGAGUUAGGCUCUUAUGAGAAAAUGGAGACAGUGAAGACACAAGAACAGGAGCAGUCUUACAGUUCUGGUGAUAGUGAUGUCAGUAGAUGUUCAUCUCCACGCUCUGUCCUUGCGAAGGAGGAGCAAAUAAAUAAAGGUCAUUGUGAUUCUGGUACAAGAGUCAAAUCAAAGAAGGAAGAGAAACGGUCUACAUCAUUGUCCUCUCCCAGAGACCUGAGCUCAUCUAUCAGAGGAGACAGAGUGUACUCCCCGUAUAACCAUAGACACAGAAGGAGAGGAAGAUCGAGAAGUUCAGAUUCACGUUCCCAGAGCAGAAGUGGGCAUGAUCAGAAGAAUCGUAGGAAGCAUCAUGGGAAGAAAAGAAUGAAAAGCAGACGAUCCAGAAGCAGGGAGAGUAGCAGACCCAGAGGUAGAAGAGACAAAAAGAGAUCAAGAACUAGAGAUAGCAGUUGGUCGAGAAAAAGCCAAACUCUGUCUCUAAGUAGUGAAAGCACAAGCAGAUCAAGAUCUCGCAGCAGUGAUCAUGGUAAAAGAAGAUCACGGAGCAGAAAUAGAGAUCGUUAUUAUUUAAGAAAUAAUUAUGGGAGCAGAUACAAGUGGGAGUAUACUUACUACAGUAGGAACAAGGACAGGGAUGGCUACGAAUCAUCUUACAGGAGGAGGACUCUGUCCAGAGCUCAUUAUUCCAGACAAUCUUCAAGUCCAGAAUUUAGAAUGCAGUCCUUUUCAGAAAGAACAAAUGCUAGGAAGAAAAAUAAUCACAGUGAAAGGAAAUAUUACUACUACGAAAGGCACAGGUCAAGGAGCCUGUCUAGUGGUAGAUCAAAGACUGCAUCUACAGGGCCUGACCGGGGCAGAAAUGAAAAGCCUGGAGGGAAACGAAAAUACAAAACACGACAUCUGGAGGGUACUAAGGAAGUGGCUCAACCAUCUCGUGAAUUUACUUCUAAAGUAAAGGAAGGCCAUUACCAAAAAUCUUCAUCAAAAUUGGAUGGAAACUACAAAAAUGAGAGUGACAGCUUUUCAGAUAGCCGAUCAUCAGAUAGAGAGACAAAACACAAGAGGAGGAAAAGGAGGACCCGAAGCCUAAGUGUGGAGAUAGUUUAUGAAGGGAAAGCUACCGAUACAACAAGACAUCAUAAAAAGAAAAAGAAGAAACAUAAGAAGAAGCAUAAGAAACACCAUGGAGAUAAUGCAUCACGGUCCCCGGUUGUAAUUACCAUUGACAGUGAUAGUGAUAAGGAUUUCGAAGUGAAGGAGGAUAUAGUACGUAACAGUAGUGGUCCUCAAGACUCUCUACGAAAUGAGUUUUUGCCUCAUUCCUUGGAACCAUUUGAAACUAAAGAUGUAGUUACAAUAGAAGAUGAAUUUGGUGUCCUGGACAAGGAGUGUGAUAUUAGCACACUUAAUAACAACUUGAACAAUGCCAACAAAAUUGUAGAUAAUAUUCCAUCCCAGGCAGCUUCAGUUGAACAGACUCUUGAUGUGAGAGAGGAGAGCACCUUUGCCUCUGAUUUGCAGAACCAGCCCAGUAAUGUCUCUAUUCAGACUGAGCCAUCAAGGCAAUUGCCAUCACCACGGACAUCAUUAAUGUCAGUGUCUCUUGGUAGAGACCACAACAUGUCUUAAAACUGCCAAAGCAUCUCAUUGAGAAUUCUCAUGGUAUAAAAAGAAAAAAAUGGAACAGUGUCAUCUACUGCAGUCUAUUUAAAGAUGACUUGGUGAAGACUCUUUUCCCCCUUAAAAAUAUUUUAAGUGAUUUUUUUUGUGUUAAAAAUUUGUAAAAAUCAUUAUUUGUUGAAAAAGUAUGUGUCCCACCCUCAGAGAUUUGCACUUUGAAAAAAAUGAUAUUGCUAGCAGUUUAUUUAAAACUUGGGAUCCUUUUUAAAUAAAAAAAUAUAAAUUUUAGAAGUUAUUUCAUAAAGCCAUAUGGUAUUGACAUA